UUUUUGAAUCAGGCAAUCGAAUUGAAGUUGAGUUUAUUGUUUUUUUCGUUCAUUUCAUUAAAUUUAACUUGUUCUACGAGGAAACGAGCGCGUGUGAGUGAUAUUUACGACACAGCUUGAAACUGCGACGUAAUUAUAAUUAUUAAUGUUUUCUUAUCAUUAUUUAGAUACGCUUAAUAUAUAGUUCGCAAGUAGAGACCCGUCGCUUUUAACUUACAGCGACGGACCGGAGGCCACUUCUCCGGUGCUGAUGAAAUCAACUGUUUGUCUGGAAGAAGUAGUAAAUAAAUUAGAUAACAUCCCUUCACCGUUAAUUACAAGGAUGCCUAAUAUCAAAAUUUUCUGCGGAAGCUCCCACCCGGACUUAGCUCAAAAAAUCGUCGAUAGACUCGGAAUUGAUUUAGGUAAAGUUGUAACCAAAAAAUUUAGUAAUAUGGAAACAUGUGUAGAAAUCGGAGAAUCGGUGCGUGGUGAAGAUGUUUAUAUUGUUCAAAGUGGAAGUGGAGAAAUUAACGAUAAUCUAAUGGAGUUACUGAUUAUGAUAAAUGCUUGUAAGAUUGCUUCGGCAUCGCGUGUUACGGCCGUCAUUCCUUGUUUCCCUUAUGCAAGACAAGACAAGAAAGAUAAAAGCCGCGCUCCGAUUACCGCAAAGCUUGUUGCCAAUAUUCUAUCAGUGUCUGGAGCUGAUCAUAUCAUCACAAUGGAUUUGCAUGCAUCUCAAAUUCAAGGUUUCUUUGACAUCCCUGUAGAUAACCUUUUUGCUGAACCUGCCGUGCUUAAAUGGAUCAAGGAGAAUAUUGUUGACUGGAAGACUAGUAUUGUGGUGUCCCCUGAUGCGGGCGGAGCAAAGAGAGUCACCUCAAUAGCUGAUAGAUUAAAUGUUGACUUUGCUUUGAUUCACAAGGAAAGAAAAAAGGCUAAUGAAGUAGCCUCAAUGGUGUUGGUUGGUGAUGUUAAGGAUCGAACUGCUAUAUUGGUUGAUGAUAUGGCUGACACAUGUGGUACUAUAUGCCAUGCUGCUGAAAAGUUAAUUGAAGCAGGAGCAGUUAAAGUUUAUGCAAUUCUUACUCAUGGUAUUUUCUCUGGACCCGCAAUAUCACGGAUUAACAAUGCUUGCUUAGAAGCUGUAGUCGUGACAAAUACUAUUCCACAAGAAAGGCACAUGCAAGAAUGUCCAAAAAUACAAUGUAUUGAUGUAUCCAUGAUGUUGGCUGAGGCCGUGCGACGUACACACAAUGGUGAAUCUGUUUCAUAUCUGUUUUCUAAUGUUCCUUAUUAAUUUUGCAUUUCCCAAGCAAUUAGAUUAAGUAUGACAUCUUAAUUUUGUUGCUUAGAUAAUAUUAUGUGCAGAUUGGUUAUAAUCAUAUGCAGCCCAAUGAUUUGGUGUAGCCAUAAUCUCAAUUAGAAAAUAAGAGUAAGAUGGGGAUGGAUGAAUGAAGAGCAAUUAUUGCUUUUAUGCAGAUUAUGAGUUUUUUAUUACUCUCAGUAAAAUAGGUAUUUUAAUUUGAUUUUUGGAUACAUGAAUUGAUAUGUAAUGAAAAAAGAAGUUAGGCCUUUGAUUAAGGUUUAAAAAGACAAUUCAGUCUGUAUCUUUUUCUAGCAAUUUAGUAUAUUUUGUUAUUUUUAACAUGAAUUUGUUCCAUGUAGUGUAUUAUAAGAAUUCCAAUAUAGGUCUUUUUGUAUAUCCCAUGGUUAAUACAUAAGUAUAAUGUUUUUUUUUAUUGUUUAUUAGAUAAAUGCUUAAAAUUGUAAGUUGUGAGAUUUUUCAAACAAUCAAAUUUGUAUAUUUGAUCCAUGAACUCAAAAUUGAAAAUAAAAGUGUUUUCAUAUUACUAAUAAGG